GCUGCAGCAGCUUCAACGGUCACGUCAAAAAAUAAAAGGAAAAUGUGGACAGAAAGGACAAACUGAGGCCGGGGAAACAAUAUCAACGCCGAGCCUCCAGCUUUUCUCUUUUCGUAAAGCGUCGUUGCUAAGUGGCUGUUUUUCUUUAAACUUAGCGGCGGAACGUCCAGCGGGUUUUAAGGGUCGUUUUGAGGUGAAUGCGUCCCCUUUUUGUGCUGAAUUAGCCCAGCGAUUAGCCAGUCGGCUGCUAAGAGAUGGGGACGAGGGCGAGUCGCCUCCAGGAGGACCCGGUUCCCUCUCCUUUCGGGAAAGACGGCACAAAGCGGGAUUCCUAUCGGCGUGCCCGGUGUGCCAGGCCUACCAGCCUCGUCGUGGAUUUCUCGGUUAGCUUCGAGGAAACGGAGCCCAACCGAAGCCAAUCUGAGGAGGGUAGUGACUCUGACUUGGGGCAGCAUGGAGGGGCGAGCGCCGACGGCAGCCCCGCCGAUCACCGCGGCAUACCCUCCAGCAUUAGCCAGGCAUCUCCCGGUGACGACAACAACAGCGAGGGGAGACCCGAGGAGGACGGCGGCGUGAGCCCGGAGGCCUCCGCCGAAGCAGAACGCCAAGCCGGGGAGGAAACAGGCCGCACGCCCCACCGCACUUUUUCCGAGCGGCUCCCCGGGAAUCGGCAUUCUUCCGCCCGCAGCGUUGGCGCAAGAUCGGCCCGGGUCCGCGGCACACACCAGCGGCCGGUGUCAGAGGCUUGGAUCGGCCUUUAUCGUGUUAACAACCGACAUGGCAAUAUCCGCUGCCCUUUCUGCUCAAAGCCUUUCCCAGGAGGUCGGAUCGAGGAUCAUCUGUUGAGCUGCCUCACAUCUCCACCGUUACCUUACAACACGGACGUGCUCAGCAAAGACAGCGGCGAGUGCUCUAUCUGUUUGGAGGAUCUGGUGCAGGGGGAGACCAUUGCUAGGCUGGCUUGCCUAUGUGUCUACCACAAAAGCUGCAUCGAUUCCUGGUCCAAGGUGAAGCCCUGCUGCCCCGAACACCCCUUUGAUUGACUGACAGAUCAGGUGUUUUAAGCCCACCGACCAGCUCGACUCAGGAGACCACACCAAAUCCCAACAAUAAACAAUAUAAAUCAAGAAUCAAACACGCAAAAUUAAUAUUUCCUUUUCAGACGUGAAAGUUACCGAUCCUUCGAGGCGGCUUCAUUUAGCGGGAUCCGGCACGCUCAUCCUGGAUCGAUCCAUUUAGACUCAACUGCCAACGUUAAAACCAGCGGCUCGGUCUAAUCUGUUUAUAAUUCAGAUGUCUGCGGGGGGUGGGGUUUUGGACAGGAAGUGCUGACGUUCCCUGUCUCCUCUGGGGUCGUUUAAACGUUAUCGCCUCGGAAGACCAGUGGAACGGUGGAGCUUAGAUGACAGACGCCUCUCCUGUGUGUUUUUGUAUUCCUCGGAGUGGGAUGGCUCAUUUUAUCAAGUAUUUUGCAACAACAACAAAAAAGUGUUGUUCCAGCUCAAGCAUCGGAUGAAUGUUUCUUUUCCUCGGCUUAUUCCCAAAACUAACCAAAUCUUCAGCUGUUACAUUAUGAAUGCUCUGCCAGGAGAUGGGUUGAGGGCUUGUUUUUGGUGAAAAGGGGGCUGCUGCUCUUCCUAUUGUAUUAUUUGGUUCUUUUUCUUCCUUUCUGUUACCUUUUAAACAUUUCAGGGGAGGUUUGGGGCCUUUUGUUUUAAGUUGGCCAGUUUGUUUCUUUGUUGCUGUGCUCAUGGUGAUGUGCAGGAAGAUGGAGGGCGUUUCACAAGGCGACAGUAGCACCAUGUUGGCACCAACUGGAGCACUUUGUUUUUUUGUUUUUUUUUUUGCCCGUAUGGUCUGGGAUGACAUUGAGUGUGCACAGGUGAUGAGGAUGAUGACCAGGGACUGAACAUGUCUGUCUGUAUAUACAAUAAAGUGUGUAUGUGUUUGUUGUGAACUGUGCAGAUCUCUGCCUGGUUGGUCAGCGUAGUCUUCCGUUGGUACUUGUUUUGAAUGCGGUUUGGGUUUUCGUCCCCCUCCUCCCUUGUUUGGUCACUGGGGUGCUGUCUGGGGUUUUUUUAAAUAUUUUUUUGGACCAGGACCGAACUGACCGUUUUGCCAGUGCCAGAGCGGGCUGGGAUAAGUCAACGGAGGGACUGAGGGACGUAUUUUUGGGGGCAUGUUUACACAAUGUGGCAUCUGCCUCUCCUCACAACACUGGAGGCUACGGACUGCUGAUGGUUAAUAAUUACAAGCGCAGCAGGCACCCCUGUCCUUUUCCACCCUGCCUUUUUUAUUUUAAGGAUUUUAGCUAAGAUAUCAUACUUUUUCAUGAUUACUGCAAAAUGUGUCAAGUGGCUUUUCUUUGCCUUUUUCUGUGUGCUGCUUGCCUUUUUGAGGUGAAGGGGGUCUUGAAUUUAGGCCCACAGCGAGACUUCGGAUGGGCCAGAGGAACGAACAAAUUCUAUUGCUUUUCAUGGGUUUUUAACUCUGAUGGAUCAGUUUAAAAGGCCAGAAACGCUUUCUGAUGUCUCUUUUUUUGUUUUCCUCUUCUGGUCCACAGUUCUCUGCAGUCUGAGGUGCUAUGACUCGCCCUGCCAAUAGUGGGCACCCCUGUGCAUGUUUCUCUUUAUAUUAAUAUAUAUACUGGAGAUAAAAAAGAUGCCAAAAGUCUGUCUGUGCAUUGGGAGUGUUGCGUGAGCGCAUGCAUAAGACCAGGUGCAUUGGACGUAAGGUGUUACAUUCAUUGUAGAGAUUAGUUAUGAUGUUGUAUACUUUGGCUAGGAGGGGUGGGGGUGUUUGUUUAUGGUUAUGGAGGUUGGGUUGUCAACAAAGGUGACGGACAAUCCUAACCCCCCUACAUUACACUCAUUUACUUUGUUACCCCCUCUAGGCUGUGUGGUGCAAUACCUCAGUUGUUUCUAUUUUAUUUCUUUACCAAUGCUAGCUAAACGCUCUGUGUGUAAACCAGCUGUUCUCCACCCAAGGAUGGUGUUCUUGUUUUUAUUUUAAAGGCGUCCCUCAAAGAUUUGGAUUUGAAACACAGGGUUCCGCGUCUGCCUCGCGAUUUUCAAACAGACGUAUUGGAUGAGAAAUUAAAAGGGGUCACAACGGCUGUAUCUGCAUCCUCGGGAUAUGGACAAUCUGCCUUGACUCUGGUAUAAAAGCAAAUUGAACUUUAUUUAUUAUUAUUAAUUUGUAAAUAUGUAAUGCAGUUCCAGAAAAUGGCUCGGUCCUUGUCUGUUCUAUUAUACUGUUUCUAAACUCUGAUCUUUUGUAUGUCUCAGAAAUUGUUUUUAUAUGUAUUUUUUACAAUAAAUACGUGUGAGAGAA